AUGCAGACCUUUCCCAAGAUUCCCGAGACCAUGUCCGGCAUCCUCGUCGAGAAGACGGGCGGCAUUGAGGUCCUACAGUACAAAACCGACCUGCCGGUGCCGAAGCUCAAGCCCGGCGAGGUUCUCGUCCGCAACGAGUUCGUCGGCGUGAACUACGUCGACAUCCACAUGCGCACCGGCGCCUUCCCCACCCCGCGCCCCUUCAUCCCCGGCAGAGAAGCAGCCGGCACGAUCGCGGCCAUGCACCCCACCAUGAUCAACAACUACAUCACGACGCCCGACAACCCGCACGACCUCCAGAUCGGCCAGCGCGUCGUCUACAUCGGCGACCUGCCCUGCAGCGCCGAGUACACGGCGACGGCGGCGGCGUCGUUGCUGCAGGGCCUGACGGCGCUGGCGUUCGUGCGCGCCGCGGCGGGCCUGCCGUCGCCGGGCCCGCCGCUGCCGCGCGGCACCACGGACCCGGGCGCAUUCAACCGGGCGUUCGGCCCGAGGCCCUGGGCGCUGGUGCACAGCGCGGCGGGCGGCACGGGGUCGCUGCUGGCGGCAGUGCUGGCGAUGCACGGGGCAAGGGUGAUUGGUACGGUGGUGGAAACGCACAAGGCGGCCGUGGCGAGGAAGCAUGGGGCGCAGUGGGUUGUGGAUCGGCGGCGGGAGGACGUGGUGGCGCGGGUGCGGGAGAUCACGGGCGGGAAGGGGGUGGAUGUGAUUUUUAACGGGGUCGGCGAUGAGACGUUUGAGGACGAUCUGAAGAUGGCGGCCAAGGACGGCACAGUGGUCGUCUUUGGGGCCGCGUCCGGGUCGGUGUCGCCCGUUCCUCUGUCCAAACUGCGCGAGAAGAACCUGAAGCUGAUGAGCCCGAGUAUGAGCACCUACAUUGCCGACCAGGAGGCGCGGGAUGCGUACGUCCAGGAGCUGUUUGAGCUGAUUCAGUCUGGCAAGGUCAGCAUCGACGUGCACAAAGUGUACCGGCUCCAGGAUGUCGGUCAUGCACAUGCCGAUUUGGAGGGCAGGAAGACGACUGGGAAGCUGCUGCUCAGGGUCUAG